GGAGGGUUUGGACUGCCCAGAGGAAGAAUCGGGGUGGUACUCAAUCACGGGAGAAAUGCAAUGGCUUCACAGCCAAGCAGCGCUUCUAUCUAUCGUGAUGUCUCGCGCCUAUCACCUCCUUCCACGUUUGUGAGGCAAGUACGCGUGACAUCUCUUCUUGACUUCUGUACUAUGUGUAUGUCAUGUCUAUCAUUUCCCCUCCAUUGGAACUCAUAGUACUUUGCGCUUUUCCCUCCCUCUUUGCCUUUCUGUCUUCUCCUUCCUCUCCUCCUUCUCCUUCUUCUUCUCUGCUUUUCGAUCUUGAUUUCCAUCCCUUCCCACUAUCUUCCCUCAUCAACCACCUAUACGAUCCACCUCACCUACCCUACCUAUAUCCCAAUCCUCCACGCUUCCUCUCCCUCUCCCUCACAUAAACCUACAUCGAAGCCAUAUAUAUCCUUCAAGAAAAAGAAAAGAAAAGAAAAGAAUGGAUCCCGAUGACUAUCAUCACCAUCUCCCAGCGCUCCAGACAAGCACACACACAAGCACACAGUUCAGAGAAUCGCCCCAAAUGGAGCUGGUGAUCUACACAUCGGCGACGGUGGUGAAUAUUCUCGGGCCCGAACCCGAACCCGAACGUGAAUGCGAGUCACAGAUGGGGAAUAGGAUACAAGUGGUGGUGGUGCCGAAUGAAUUCUGGAUCUGCUGCUGUUCGUAUACGCCUGGUCGGCAAUUAUCCGUGCGUAUAUCUAUAUCGUCCUAUCUUACACUUUCUACAACAUCAUCUCAAACUCUGCUCCUACCCCCGCGCGAUGAUCUUGGCUUCAGCUUUCCCUAUCUCUAGCUUUUAUUGUAGUUUCCUUUCCACACUUACUUCCUUG